AUGUCUCUCCCUGCAGCUCCACACUGUUCAACGGACACGGUCUUCUGCGUCUUCCAUCACUUCGCAUUGCCGCGAGGUUCCACCGCAAAUUCCCCUGCCGAGAUCCGUACUAUAAGCCUGGGGAUUUACUCUUCAUUCUUUACUGCGCAAGCGGCCGCCGUAAGCGCCCUUGAACACUGCCUGAAGCAACUUCAGUCCGCGGGUAUCACGGGACAAGUGAGUUCUUCUGAAAAGCCUUUGUCAGCCAUUGACUCAAUCUUUCUGAUGAUUUUCACUAAUUCAAACUCCACAAUUUCGCAGUUCUGCAAGGAUAUUGACCUUCUGCGGAGAGGUCUCAUCACUCAGAUCACGGCAAACGGGCAGGAGCGACAUUUGAGCGAAUAUGAAAUCCGAGCAGUCCGCCUCCAGGAUCGUGGCCCGGAAAAUAUUACAAUUCCUGGGAAGAAACCUAACAUUACUACUUCACUGCCUCCGGAGACAAAGCCUAUCACAAUAUCCGACAUCGAGCAAGACCCGCUGUGGGCACAAUCCCGUAUCCCAUACUUCCGCAAGCGCGACGAUGGUCCCUUCCGGUACAAAGGAGACCCGUCUUACAUGAACAGCUUCCUCUUGUUUGACCAGGAAUUUGCAGCGCGCAGGCAAGCCUGGUUACGAGGGUUCAUCGGCAAGGGUAAAGACAUUCGGGGCACAACAGAGAUUGCGCAACGAGCCUUGGAACCUGACCACACUUCAAAGUCCCGCAGUGUGAAAAAAGCAGAGGUGAAAGCUCAGAAGUUCCAGCCCAAUGAGAAAGCAGACAAGAUGGAAAAUGGCAGCUGGAAGCUUGCUGGCAACGGCGCGACAAGGCAAAGGCCAGGUGGCGAAAAAGAUAUUGGGACGAUCUACCGCGGGCGCAGACACUCGAUAUCGCUGGACUAG